AUGAUAAAUCUUUUUCGGUCACGUCUUCCGCCACAACUAAUGCCAUCUCAGAUAACUCGUCUGUCCGAGCAAUCGAAACUAUCAUUCGAAGAAGUACAAGAAUGGCAUGAUCGGUUUCUUCUUUGUUAUCCUUAUGGUUACGUUUCAUUCGAAGAAUUUCAUAUCUAUUUGAAACGGUUACAUAUUUAUAAUGGAAAUUACUCGUACCAGCAUGAACAGAUACCUAAGAGGAUAGUUAAGCAAUUGUUCUACAAGUUCAAAACCAGUGGAAGUAGGAGAUUAAAUUUCGAAGAAUUCUUUCGUUGCAAUAUGCUUAUUGCUGAAGAAUCAAAUGAAAUCAAAUUGACAUUUCUUUUGAAAUUAUUCGAUCAAGAAAAGAAGUAUUAUUAUUAUUCUCGAAAAGAUAUCCAUCAAAUUUUCACGACAAUGUUUCAUCUGUUCAAUAUAUCUCCAUCAAAUGAUGAUUUACUCCAAAGAAUUGAUACUAUUCUUACGCGUCUUCAUCUACACGAUUCAAAUGUGAAGAUAUGCUGGAAUACAUUUUGUGUAUCUAUACUCAAUCAAUCAUCAUUAUUCGAAUUGUUAAUAUCGUCACCAGAUGAAGACUCCUGUGAGAUCUUUAUCACCCAUUUGUAA